AGACCGGGUGGCUCGGGCCAGCGUAUGGCCCCAGGAAUGCCCCCUCCCUAUGGCGGCAUGAGAGGGCCCAUGGGCCAGGGUAUGGACUCAUCUCGCAAACGUGGACACGGCCACCCAUCAGACGCACAGAAAAAGGGACAGAGUGCUACGAUUGGUGGCGGAUCCGGCAGCAGCAGCGCCAGGAAAAAGAAGAAAAUGGCCGACAAGGUCCUGCCCCCGCGGGUCCGGGAGCUGGUGCCCGAGUCCCAGGCCUACAUGGACCUGUUGGCAUUUGAAAGGAAACUAGACGCCACCAUCAUGAGGAAGAGGCUGGACAUUCAGGAGGCCCUCAAGAGGCCAAUGAAGCAAAAGCGCAAGUUGCGAGUGUUCAUCUCCAACACCUACUACCCCGGCAAGCCAGAUGCAGAUGAGGAGGACGCCAGCGUGCCCUCCUGGGAGCUCAGGGUCGAAGGUCGCCUUCUGGAAGAUCCCAACGCCCCCAAGUACGAGAUCAAACAGAAGAGGAAAUUCUCCUCCUUCUUCAAGAGCCUGGUCAUAGAGCUGGAUAAGGAGCUGUACGGGCCCGACAACCAUCUUGUGGAGUGGCACCGUACGAGCACAACCACGGAAACAGACGGUUUUCAGGUCAAGAGACCAGGCAGCGAGAACGUCAAAUGCACGCUGUUGCUCCUGCUGGACCAUCAGCCACCCCAGUACAAGCUGGACCCCCGCCUGGCACGCCUUCUGGGUGUCCACACCCAGACACGCCCAGUUAUCAUCAACGCCCUGUGGCAGUACAUAAAGACCCACUCCCUGCAGGACUCCCACGAGAGAGAGUACAUCAACAAUGACAAGUACUUCAAUCAGAUCUUUGACUGUGGGCGGAUGAAGUUUUCGGAAAUACCCCAGCGAUUGCACCAAUUGCUUCACGCCCCAGACCCCAUUGUCAUCCAGCACACCAUCAACGUGGACACAGCCGAGCAGAAGAAGACGGCCUGCUACGACAUCGAUGUGGAAGUCGACGAUACCCUCAAGGAACAGAUGAAGUCUUUCCUGUUGUCAACGGCCAGCCAGCAGGAGAUCGCCACCCUAGAUAACAAGAUUCAUGAGACCGUGGAGACCAUAAACCAGCUCAAGGUCCAGCGCGAGUUCAUGCUGGGCUUUGCCAGGGAUCCGCAGAACUUCAUCAGCGAGUGGCUGGUGUCACAGAGCAUGGAUCUGAAGACCAUGACGGACGUGGUGGGAAACCCCGAAGAAGAACGUCGCAGUGACUUCUACUUCAAGCCUUGGGCCCAGGAAGCUGUCCGACGCUACUUCUACAGCAAAGUCCAACAACGCCGGGCCGAGCUGGAACAGGCGCUGGGCAUCCGCAACACAUAGCGCCCCCUCAACUCACCCAGUAGCUCUUCGGAGAUAAGUCUCUCUGUGAAUAUCAGAUAGUCCCAAGCUGCACUUUUAUCAACAUCAUCAUUGCAAUGAGAUCAGCAUUAUCGAUAUGACACUGCACAGCACACCAACACGAAGGUCGACCAACUCUUCAAUCAAGAACAUCGAGGGAACCAUCCAUUUAAAAAAAAAACUCAAUCAUCCGACAAAUUCUAAACGGGAAAAAAAAAGAAACAAGAAAGAAAAAAAAAAAAGAUUAAGGAAGAAACAGACUCGACAUCAUGUAAGCUCCGCCUCUCACUAAAUAAUCCCAGGCAGAGAGGGAAAAAAGAAGGAAAAAUAAAAAAAAC